AUGGGUGUCUUCUCCAACGUGUCUAACUUUUUCUUCGAUGCUGGGGUCAUGUCUUGGGAUGUGCUCCUUACACUCUCCAAUCUCGUGAGGAGGAAGCGCCGCAUCGGGCACGUCACGCCCGAGGGCCACCCAGGUUAUGGAGGGCACUGGCCCGAGUUUAAGCCUGCUCAGGAAGGUGACUCCCGCUGCUCAUGCCCAGCACUCAAUGCGAUGGCCAAUCACGGCAUCAUCCCACGCAGCGGACGCAACAUCUCAUUUGUCGAACUUAACCACCAGAUCCGGACAACUUACAACUUCGGUCCUUCCUUCUGCUCUUAUGUGCCUCAUUUCGCCGCUCGCAUGCUCAAGAAAAGCUACAGUAAUGAUACCUUUGACUUGGAAGAACUCGACCUGCAUAACGGUAUCGAACAUGACGCAUCUCUUUUCCGUCUUGACACUGCCCUUGAACCAAACCAAUCGACGAAACACAUACCCUUCAUCGAGGAGUUGCUUGCGGCAAAUACCGGCAAGGACCAGUAUGGCAACGAAGUCCUUACCACCAAAGACCUCUCGAGCAUUCUCGGCAAGCGUCGCGCAGUAGCGCGUGCAACAAACAACGAGUUCUCGCUCAGCUUCUUCCACAAGGUCUUCGGUAGCGCCAAUUCGUCAACACUACUCACAAUAUUUGGAGGCCGUGUAGAGGACCUGCGUAGCAUUGUUCUUCACGAGCGUAUUCCAGAAGGCUGGGAGUCACGUGUUCGCGAACCCUAUGGACUGACUUUCACACACUUCAACAAGACCGUACUGGCAGUUGAAUUCGGUGUGCGCGAGAGGGAUUGGGCGGAAGCAGCGCAGGAAGCAGCAGCACGUCAUCGCACUGCUUCGGUUUAA